UCAAUGAGUUGAUUUAUACCUAUCAACAGUUACUAAAUUUAGAUAUAAAUCCGUCUUCGUUGAAAAAGCAAGGAACUGUUCGAGAUUCAAGUCGCUGGGAAAAACCCAAUGAAUAUCUUUAACAAGCUGGUAAGACGUUCUGGCUGUGUACGUGCAUAAAGGUCAACCGCGCUAACUCGGGGGAUAUCAAAAUUUCUUCACAAAACGAGUUGAACGCAAAUUACCGCCGACGAGUUUAAUUGCAUCCAGUGUUUUCUAAUCGCUUGUGAGGAAGGCACUGCAGUUGCUGAUGUACCAACAACAACAUGGAUUUGAAGAGAAAGUUACCGAUUUUCAUCUGGGCGACGGUGAUUUUUUGCAUUAAGGCCCAAAGUAUCAGCGACUCGUCGAAUGCGUUUGCAAUCGAUUUACUAGCGGCUACCAGUAAAGAACCGAGAAGUCCACGGAACUUAGCACUGUCUCCGUACACAGUGUGGACACUUCUCUCGAUCAUCGAUGAAGGAGCAAAGGACAAAACGGCCAAACAGAUGGAAAGCGUCCUCAGGAUACCAAGCUUUCCCGACAAGGCUAUGUUUAGGAACAGCUUCAAAAAUUUGUCGGCCCUUUUAUCGGAAAAAGACGACGGGGUGAACCUAGACAUCUACAACGCUAUUUUUACCACAAAAGCCCAGGAACUGAAAACCGACUUCCGCGACAUUGCCCACAAAGAUUACGGAGUCAAAAUAGAACCCACCGAUUUUUCAGACACCAGAACCGCGAGCGAUAGAAUCAACAAGUACGUGGCUAGCGCGACAAAAAACCGAAUACGAAAUUUUAUACGCCCAGACGAUGUUUUUGACGCUGAAAUUUUCAUCGUCAGUGCCAUGUAUUUCAAAGGCACGUGGAUGAAACCCUUCAAUAGGUCUGAAACGCGCCGUGACACUUUCUACGACGAGAAACAGAACAAACUUGGGGAGGUCGACAUGAUGUCGCAGAUGGGCUUCUUCCCCUAUUCGAGACUCGAGUGGAUCAGGGGCUACGCCAUAGAGUUACCCUACGGAAAGGGCGACAAAAUGUCAAUGAUUGUGAUUUUGCCGUACAAAGAUCAGACGCUUGCGAACAUGCUCAAUUUAAUGGCCGAGCAUCCGUUCAGCAGGAUCAUCGACCGGCUCAACAAAGCCAAGGAGGAUUUUGAAGGCGAGGAUGUCAAAGUGUAUUUGCCACGUUUUACCGUCAAGUCGGACUUGACACUGAACACAGUACUUGAAAAGAUGGGAAUGCCGGACGUGUUCGACGCCAGUCAGGCGAACCUCCUCGGCAUGUUCCCCCACUAUUUGUACAUUUCUCGACUGCUCCAAAGGGCGGAAAUACAAGUAAACGAAGAAGGAACUGUGGCAACCGCAGCUUCUGGUGCGUCAGCUGUGAAUAAAGCCCCUCCUCCGAAAUUUGUAGCUAACAAACCCUUCUUGUACUUCAUUGUGAACAAGCCGGCGAAAAGUAUCGUGUUUGCGGGAAAGGUGAGCGUCCCCCCAUGAAAUAAAAAACGAAAUGUUGAUUCCUUUAUAUUGGUAUAAAAUAUAAAUCACAGUAUAGACUUCAGUUCAUGUUUCAAAUACGGAAAAUGUGAUUUAAAUUAUUGUAAAAUAUACUCUUUAUAGUUU